AUUGUUUGGUUGGGAGUAAAGGACACAAGAAAGUGGAGAACCUAACGGCAACACCUAAGUGAGUUGCCCAUCGAACCAAGACACAAUGUCGCAUUGACCAUUGACCAAACUCCACAAAAUAAUCCGUUCACAAAAUCCCUGCUUACGUCAUUUCUUCUUCUUCAUAACAAACUUCCAUUCACCCCCCAACUUGCCCAAAGUCUACUUUUGUCCUUCAUCACUCUCUCUCUCUCUCUCUCUCUCUCUCUAAAACUCCUUCCUUCCUUUAUCUCCCUAGAAAUCAACCACUGAGUUUGAUAGUUUUGAUUGUGAAGAUGGUGAAGGACGAUUUGUGCAUAACAGUGCCUAGUUAUUUUCGCUGUCCGAUUUCUCUUGAUGUGAUGGAAUCCCCUGUGAGUCUGUGCACUGGUGUGACGUAUGACCGCACCAGCAUCCAGCGGUGGUUGGACGGCGGUAAUAAUACCUGCCCCGCCACCAUGCAGCUGCUUCAGACCAAGGAACUUGUCCCCAACCAUACUCUACAACGGCUUAUCAAGAUCUGGUCCGAGUCUGGCUCGGUCCGGACUCGGCCUGGAAAUAUACAGCCAACUCACCAACCCAGCUCGAUCACUCAAGACAACGUUCAUGAACUCAUCAACCAGCUGGAAAAUGAGCUUCAGAAUACUGAUAAGGAUUCUAGUUUCCAAAUCUAUACAAUUUCGAGGCUGAUUUUAUUCGCCAAGGAUGUGGAAGAAAACGGCAAGCUCUUAGCCUCAGCCGGCGGCGAUAGGCUUUUACCGUUGCUUAUUGCUGCUUUUGGCAAUAAACAAUUGGUGAAAGAUCUUGAAGUUUUUGAGAAAUUUGUUCAGUUAUGUAACAUAAUCUUACAACAGCCAGUAAAAGCUGACUCGGUAGAAGGACGAUCAAAUUCCCCUUUGAUUUCGCGAUUUGAUGUCGGGAAAGAAUUCAAAUCUUCAAUGAUUAUAGGACUUUCACAAGGGAGAUCAGAAUUAAGAACUGCAAUUGCCAAACUUCUAGAAAUCACGUCCAAUUUGUAUUUGGAAGUGAGAAAUUUGAUAUCAGAAGAUGAUCAAAUAUACUCAGAAUUACUAAGAUUAAUAGCCAGUAUGGAUUGUAAACCAGAGGCCAUGGAUUCAUCCUUGUCCUGUUUAAUCUGUUUAUCAUUGACAAAGAGAAACAGGGCUAAAAUCGUGCGCAAUGGCGGCGUAGGCGUGUUGGCAAAAGCGCUGUCGGAAUCAGAAUUGAGCGUUUCAUUGACGGAAAAAGUGCUUAAACUAUUGGAAAUGGUAUCAACUUGUAAAGAAGGGAGAGUUGAGAUUUGUAGGAAUGAAAUUUGUGUAGAAGCAAUUGUGAAGAAGGUUUUGAAAGUAACGAAUGUGGGAAGUGAACACGCAGUGACAAUUUUGUGGAGUUUGUGCUGUUUAUUUGGGGACAAAAAGGCACAAGAAUAUGUAACAAAGAGCAAUGGCAUGGCCAAGAUUUUGCUGCUUAUGCAGAGCAAUUGUUCUGUUGCAGUUAGGCAAAUGUCGAGUGAUUUGCUCAAGGUUUUUCGAUACAAGUCCAAGUCCUCUUUUCUUUCGUGUUACGAUACUAAGACCACUCAUAUCAUGCCAUUUUGACAUUGACGGCGGUGGCUAUGUACACAGACAAUACCAUGACUACCCGUAUCAUAUCAUUAUGAUGAUGGCGGCGGCGACGACAAUGCCGAAUUUAUAUGUUGAAGGGAUACAUUUUGUAAAUGGAAAAAUAAAGGAUGAAAAACGAAAGGAGCAUUUUUUGUUGACUUAAAGUAGGAAUGGAAUUCAUUUGAUUUUUCUACAUGAUUGAUUUUGAUUUGACGUCUCUUCAAAUUUAUUCCACACAAGAAUUGGUACUUGUUAUUGGAACUUUUUUGUUUUGUUA